AUGCCUGAGGUUAUAUCGACUUUUAAAUCAACGCUUAUUGAGUUCUGCGAGGUGGCAAAUUGGAUAACCUCCCAAGUAUUUGAAAUAAAUUCAAUAGAUGCUGUCAGUUCUAGUACCAUUAUAAACAAGAUAGAUGCAUUACAACCGGUGGCUAUCAAAUACAAUAAAUCUUUCAGAUCUUCCGAUAUCUUAAUUGAUGAUGACGUAAUUUUGAAAUUAGAAAAUUCUUCUUCUUCGCUAUGGAAUAGCAUAGCAAUAGCAAUAAAGGCGAAUCAUGAUCAGAAUGUCCUUUUGAUGCGGUGCAAAUUAUUCAGUUCCAUCCUUUUAUCUGUCCAUGAAAGUUUAGUACCGACCGUAAAUAUGAAGCUAAGAACUUUCAAAUGCUACGUCAAUUGUUUGAAAACAAUUUUAGAUUAUAAGAUACAAGAAGCCAACUUAAUAAAUAAAGUAAACGAGAAUGCUGACACUUAUCUGAGAAUUCUGAAUGAAGUCAAAGACCUAACAACUGUGGAAUCAACAGAAUUGAAAACUCUAAAAUUUGAGUUUUAUAUACUUAAUUUCCAGUUGGUACUGAAGGAUAAUGACAUUGAGACAGCUAAAAUUUACUAUGGGAAAGUUGGCAUCAGAGACAAUUUGGAAAUAAUUCAAAAUGAUUUAUUAAUAGAAGUCACAAGAGUAAUUUAUAAUGCUAUGACAGAUUUGCAUAAAGAUAAUGAAACUUCACAUUUGCUAGACGUCAUCUUCUUUCUUAAAGAAGUUCACUCUUUUUUAGAAUUACCAGUUGAAAAUUUAAAAGCUCAUAUCGAUUAUUCCAAUAUUCGUUACAAAAAUCUGAUUUUAUUAACAAAAUGCCUAAUUACCCAAUUUACGGAUUUAAAUGAGUGUGAAUCAUACCUCAAUGCUUUGCAAUCUGAAUAUUCAAGAAAAAUCGAACCUUAUAUCUUAAACGUCAGCUUAAUUAAGAAAAAAGAUAUUACUGAUUAUGAUUCAAUAAAUGAAAUUCUUAUAAGAAUGAUUACCUCAGUUGAUAUCAGCUCAAAUUUUGAAUCAAUAAUGGGUUGUAUAAAUGAAUUUGCAGAAGCAAAUACAAAAAUGGCUUUAGUAUCAUUAGACUAUAUGUUCACAAACAAAAUUGAUCCUCAACAGGAAACUGAACUAUUAGAAAAAUUAUUGUUAACACGCGUUUUCAUUACUACGCAAUCCAAAACUAUGAAUGAAUCAGACAUUCUUAAGAGUUUAGAGACUUUCUGUGAGAAUUUAAAAAAAAUUUUAAUGCAUAGAUUAACAAAAAAUACUGUAUCAUGUAUAAUUACUCUAUUAUGGAAUAGUGGAAAGAAAUUAGAAAAAAUGGAAAAAUAUAAUGAAGCUAUCAAUUAUUAUGAAUUAGCUCUUGAUGAACUAUUUUGUAAAGAUUACACAGAAAUUGCCAAAAUUCAGAGAGCAUUACAAUCCUGCUAUAUAAUGAACGAAGAUUUUGAAAAUGCUGAAAAAGUUUAUCAUAAAAUGAAAGAAUUUGAUAAAAAAUCACCUCUGACACAAUUAUUAAUGACAAAAAUUUCCUUGCAAAAAAACGACAAGAGUUCAGUUCUUCAAUGCCUGGAAAAGAUAAAAAAUUCAGAUGAAGACAAUUCAAUAAACGCCUUUAUACUGGCAAUAACAGAAUGUAAGAAGCUUCCAGAACUAGUCGUCAGUGGAGUCACCUUACUAUUUGAAAAACUUCAAGAUAAGGAACAAGGUAAAGGCACGACCACAAAUUGGUCGGUACCGACUCUUUGUUUAAUUCGGUACACCAUACAGAUGAUUAUCAAGCUUGCUGAAAAAGAGGAAUCUGCCAUAACAAAUUAUUUCAACACGAUUGCUAUUCUACUACAAAAAGCUUUGACUUGCCUACAAAAGCUGAUGUUAUCAAAUCAUAUUCACAUGAGGGAAAAGACUAAUGAUGAGGUAGUAGAAGAGUCAAUUUCUGUGGAUGAAAUAGAAUGGUUUGCAUCUGUUGCUUAUAACACUGCUGUUAGAUUUGACAACGCUCCAGUCAUCACUAAUGAUCAAUUACAAAAUUUCACAAAACUUGCGAAGAAUUUUAUGGACAUGAUUCCAUUGAACGAAUUUACAGUACCCAAGAUGUUUCAUUACGAAUAUUGGCAGCUUAAAUGCUCACUUCUUGAUAUUUAUGUUUCGAGAAGGAGUUCAAUAAAGCCAGAAUUUGAAAAGCAGGCUGAACAGGUUUUACACGAAAUAAUGAAAUUAAAAGAAAAUAAAGAAAUCGAACUUUCAUUACAAAAAGAGCAGGUUGGCCUGCUUGACAUCUUGCUUGUGGAUGCUGUAUCAAUAUAUUACGACAUCUUGUUAGAAACGAGAGAUCGCCAAAAAUUAGGUCACCUGUUAGAGAUAACACAGCGUUAUCAAAAUAUGGAAAUUGAGUGCAUGCUAGUGGAUGCUGUUUUGAUCCUUACUGAUUUGCCUGAAUUUUUACAAAUUGAAAUAAUAUCUUCUGUGCUUGAAAGAAAUUUAAGUAAUAUGGACAUUAGUGAUAUUUAUGUUUGCUUCUGGUUAAGGACUCUCUUGGAACAUAACGUAGAUGAUAAACUAAGUGACUUCAGCGGCAGAUUAUUAACAAGGUUGAAAAUUAAUUUUUCAAGUAAUACCUCUGCAUCUGACACAUUGAAACAAGAGGUAGAGUUAAUCGCUACACUCUGUUGGAAUGUUGGAAUAAAUAAUCUAAUAGCUGAGAAGAAAGAUGAGGCAAUGCGCUGGUUUAAAGAUGCUUUAGACUUCGCAAAAUUAGUCAACAAUGGAAUGGUCACACAGUUAAAAGAUUUAUGGAAAUCAUUGGCACCUAAUGCAGCUUACUCAGACAGCCAGAUUGAGAGUUUUCUAUCACUAUAA